AUGUCUCAGGGAACGGCAAGGUGCGCCACAGGCUUUCUGAUCCUCACGCGCGCCCUCUCCACGGAGGCGCGUGCGGAGAAGGUGGAGCGCAUCGCCAACGAGCUUCUCGAUCUCAACAGGUUCGAGAGGCACGACUUCACCGUCCUCUGGCGGCUCAAGAUGGGCCUCCACCGCUACGGUGCCCCGGUAGCCGGCGUUGUCAUGCCAUCCGUCGCGGCUGCUGGGUCCCCCCGGGAGGAGCCCGGUGCUACGGCGGAGAAGACGGCGUUUGAUUUGAAAUUGGAGAAGUAUGAUGCUGCUGCCAAGAUCAAGAUCAUCAAGGAAGUGAGGUCCUUCACUGACUUGGGGUUGAAGGAAGCCAAGGACUUGGUGGAGAAGGUUCCCUGUGUUUUGAAGAAGGGGCUCACGAAGGAAGAGGCUAAUCCCAUCAUGGAGAAGCUCAAGGAGUUGGGUGCUGCUGUUGUGUUGGAAAUGGAAGAUCUGAAUGUUAUUAUCAAGAACUUCAGAGAAGGACUCAAGAACUUCAAAGGAGCUUGCAGUUAUUCCAUCUUAAAUAAAAGUCCCAGGAUUGAGAUGAGCAAUGGAGACCCUAUAACACUUCUUCCUUCACGCAAAGAAGAAACUGAAGAAGAAUCUAAGGAGUAUAAUGACUUAGAGAAUUUGAAGAUUCUUGAAGAAAAGAGGUGCAGAACAUACGUU